GAUGAGUAUCUCAAUUCUCUAAGACCGAAACUGGAUAAAGCGCACGCGCUGUACCAGUCCACCAGAAGGAAGACCCACCAGUUUGUUGAUGCUGUUAAGCUGCACUAUGCUAAGGCUAAGCAGUCCAUCAAGGAUGCUAAUGUUAAGCUUGCACAACAGGAGAAGGAGCUUGCCACUUAUGACUUCAACGAGGACUUCACGAGCGAUCGGGUCAAAGCAGGUGAACAUUCCAAAAUUGAAGGGCUACCAAGUGAGCGUGAGAGGAGAAGGAAGUUAUGGGCAAAGAAGCUUGAUCUCUAUAUGGAUUCCCUCCAAGAGACCAUAUUCACAGCGACGAGGGCUUUGAACGACGUUACGGGCUAUUCCUCGAUUCAGAAACUGAGACAGAGCAUCGAUGCCCUAGAGAAGGAGCUCGAAGCUUCGAAGCUGGCGUUCAAGGAUGCCAAACAGGCUUACGAUUCGGCAAUUUCCAAGAGGUUGGAAUCCCAGAGAGAGGUCAAUGAGCUACUACAGCGGAAAUCUACCUGGACGCCAGCUGACCUUGAGAGAUUCACAACGCUGUAUAGGGACGACCACAUCAACUCUGCCAAUGAAAAGGAGACAAAGAUAGCGAUGGAUUUGGCAGAGCAGAGACAGGAGGAGCUCUACGACAAGCUAUCCAAUGCGAUCUUGACCCGUUACCACGAGGAGCAGAUUUGGUCUGACAAGAUCAGAAGAACCUCAACAUGGGGGACAUUCGCAUUGAUGGGUGUGAACAUCAUCCUGUUCCUGGUGUUUCAGCUGGCCUUAGAACCUUGGAAGAGAAGAAGGCUGGUUGGCAAUUUUGAAUCAAAGGUCCAGCAAGUGUUGGACGAGAACUCCAAGAACCAAAACGAGAAACUGGACAUUAUGACUGAA